GGGGCCGUCUUCGGGACUCGCGGUGAGGCGGAAGUGUGGUCGCCGGGGAAGGGGGUUGGUGUUCACGCCUCUGCGGCCCGCGGGGUCCCCGGGCCCGGCUCCGCGGGGUCCUGGGUCCUCCUUGUCCCUGCGGCCGCUGCCCAGCUCCGCAACCCCGGCUCGGCGGGUUCCUGCGUGUCGCGGAUUGGGACUCCGGAUCUGCUCUUGUGUCCUCCACCGCCAGCCCCAGUGUUUGAAAUUUCCAGCGUCGCUGCCGAGGUCCCUUUCUUUAAAACCGCUGAUGACAGACAGCCAGCCAGCCUAACUUGUGCUUCUUCAAAACCUGCUUGCUGCUGAGUCUACAGCUAAGAGAUCAGCGACCAGAACAUUUCACUCACCCAUGGAAACUCAGGCUGACCUUGCAGCUCAGGAACCUCGGCCCCUGCUAGAGAGUGCUCUUUCCUCUUCAAAAGUCCCUUCCUUUCCUGACAAGGACAGCCUGGGGCACGAGAUGUUGGCUGCUGCACUUCUGAAGGCCAAGUCCCAGGAGUUGGUAACAUUUGAGGAUGUAGCUGUGUACUUCAUCUGGAAAGAGUGGAAGCGUCUGGAACCUGCACAGAGGAACCUCUACAGGGAUGUGAUGCUGGAGAACUAUGGGAAUGUGUUCUCACUGGAUGGUGAGUCCAAAACUGGAAAUGACCAAGUACUCUCCGAAGGCCUGGGGUCACGUGAGGUGAUACUGGGACGAUUGCAAACGGAUGUUUCUCAGGGUCUUAAGUUUGAAGAAGCCUAUGAGCAAGAAGUCAGUCUGAAGAGACAGCUAGGGAACUCCUCUGUUGGAAGACUGAAUAGGAAAAUACAGGAGUUUCACCAAAUGACAGUUGAGGAAAAGCUCACCCGUAUGGGACAAAGAAAUGAGAAGUAUAAUGAGUUUGGGAACAGUUUCACCAUGAAUUCCAAACUUAUUUCACAUCAGAGAUUUCCCAUGGGAGACAGACCCCAUAAGUGUGAUGAAUGUAGCAAGAGUUUUAAUCGAACUUCAGACCUUAUUCAACAUCAGAGAAUUCAUACUGGGGAAAAACCAUACGAAUGUAGUGAAUGUGGAAAGGCCUUCAGCCAGAGCGCACAUCUUAUUCAGCACCAGAGAAUCCACACUGGAGAGAAGCCCUAUGAAUGUAAGGAUUGUGGGAAGACCUUCAGUUGUAGCUCUGCUCUCAUCCUACACCAGAGAAUCCACACUGGGGAGAAACCUUAUGAAUGUAACGAAUGUGGAAAAACAUUUAGCUGGAGCUCCACUCUUACUCACCAUCAGAGAAUCCACACUGGCGAGAAGCCCUAUGCUUGCAACGAAUGUGGGAAGGCUUUCAGUAGGAGCUCCACCCUUAUUCAUCAUCAGAGAAUCCACACUGGAGAGAAACCCUAUGAAUGUAAUGAGUGUGGGAAAGCCUUCAGCCAGAGCUCACACCUCUAUCAGCACCAGAGAAUCCACACUGGAGAGAAGCCCUAUGAAUGUAUGGAAUGUGGAGGGAAGUUUACCUACAGUUCAGGCCUUAUUCAGCAUCAAAGAAUCCACACAGGGGAAAAUCCCUAUGAAUGUAGUGAGUGUGGGAAAGCCUUCAGGUAUAGCUCAGCUCUUGUUCGCCAUCAGAGGAUUCACACUGGAGAGAAGCCUUUGAAUGUAAUGGGUGUAAGCAGAAAUUCCGGAGUUUCUGCUGAAUUAAACAUCAGAGAGUCCACAUGAGAGAGCCAUAUGCCAUUUUCCCCACUCCCUGAGUCUAAGGAGCUCUUGCCUUACUUUAUAAAUAGGGCCGAUUUAAAAUGUGUUCCACCUCCAACCUUUCACUCAGAGAGUGGGGCAGAUUGGGAAAAACAUCCUGGCACAGCGAUCAGCAGGAUUUCCCAGGAAUGGACACCAGUCUUGAAAAAUUGUGAGGCAAGUAGCAAAUUAAGCACUGGGAAAAGAAGGAAGCUUGGGGACCAGUCUCCCCUUUUUGGGAAGGGGUUUGCACUAAACCAAUUUUCUCACACCAAAAGAGCCUUUCUUUCCAAGGUGGGGAUGGAAGCUUCUUAGCAACAAAAUUCCAAGGGUUCCACUACUUGGAGUCAGUCUGGUAAGCACAACAGGCAGAGGGAAGAAUAUUCUGGGUCAUCCUAAGUUCUGGGGAGGGAAACAAGCUGUAUUUCUUUCUUUCUUUUUUGAGACAGGUCUCACUAUGUAGCCCUGGCUGUUCUUGAACUCACUGUGUAGACCAGGCAGGCCUUGAACUCAGAGAGACCUACAUGCUUUUGCCUCCUAAGUGCUGGGAUUAAAGGCGUAUUCAACCAUGCCAGGCCCCCAGAGGCUGCAUUUCAGAGCCAUUCUUCUUAAUCCAGCUUUAAGAUUGGACAAGGAAUAUGCUGCUUUGGCAUAUGAAUCAUGAAUUCAGGAAACUUGGUGCUGAUGGGUUCAUUUUAUUGGGGGGGGGGUACCCCAGCCAGGGUUUCUGUAGUGACUAUCCUCGGAGCUCUUGGAGCAGUUUUUAAGAGCAGUCUGGCAAUACUGUAGGCAGACCCCACAUCCUCCCUUGUAACAGGACUGACUGGAAAUCUCAUUGGAGCAGUAAAUAACCUGAGGUAGAUCAGAAGCAUUUACUACUGGCCUGACUCCUGUCCUCUCUUCUUCCUGUUCCUGUGGUAAAAGGUUAUAUGAUAUCAACCUCUAGUUAUUAAGGAUGCUGUCAGGGAACUCACCUACCCAGCUUGUCCUACCCUCACCUCUAACAUCUGGCCCCAGCAGCUGGACCUCUCUGGAGUACAUCUGACUUCAGCUACUUCGGAGUACAUAAACAGUAAAGCCAGAGAGGCACUGAGGCCCAAGCUUGGCAGCUGGGCUCCUUGCUGGGUACGGGUGGUGCUCCAACCAACAGAUGACUUUCCAUAUUUCUCCAACCCUGCUCAUCCUGUAGCUUAAAUGAAAUGCACUGUUAAACAGAAUAGUUUUUUCAGAAGGGGAGAUGUAUUGGGCAUUUGUAUAGGAAUCAAAGUUUUGUCAGUUAAAACAGCACAGUAACUAUAAAUGGAAUCCAAAAGUAUACUCUGAAAUUUGUCUUUGAUAACCAUUUUUGCGUCACAAAUGUGAGGCUUUCCUGUCCCACACAGCCCUCUCAAACUCUUGCAGACAUUACUGCAGAUUGUAUAAACAUGUGCAGCUACUCCCACUUUCAUACCAAAUUAGAAUUUUAUAGGCUGUAGAUCAUUUUGUGUGGUAGACAGAUGACGAAAACUAAAAAGGUGUGUUUGGCUCUUUUGUAGCAAUGGGCAUAUCUCUCUGUUUCGGUUUGGUGUUGGUAGGGUAUUAUGGCCAUGGAGAAUGGUAGGCUUGGAAUGAGAUGAAGAGGUUAACAUUAAGAUGGCUGUGAACGCCCUGCACUUACAAGGGAGAGGCAGGAGGAUCUCUGUGAGUUCAAGGACAACCUGGUCUACAGAGCUAGUUCUAGGAUAGCCAGCGUUACACAAAGAAACCCUGUCUUGAAAAACCAAAAAACAAACAAAAAUGGCCAUGAACUCACUUUUUUUUUUGGUAGAGUAUGGUAAUGGAUCAUCUAUUAUGUGUCUUUAAUUUCACAAAUUUUUGGAACUGAUCAUUUUUGGCUCCUUUAACACUUAUUGCCAGGCCUGAUGGUUCAAGCCUCUAAUCUCAGCUACUUGAGAGGCUGAUAGAGGAGGAUCACAAGUUCCAGGCCUGCCUGCACUAUGAAGUGAGUUUAAGGCCAGCUUGGACAAGUUAGUAAGGAGUCUAUUCCAUUGUUUGUCUUUCUAAUUACUGGAAAUUAAGCUGAGCCUCAUCAGUUAUACAACUGGCUUCUAGUUCUGCCUUUUCUUUUUUUUUUUUUUUUUUUUUUUUUGGUUUUUCGAGACAGGGUUUCUCUGUGUAGCUUUGCGCCUUUCCUGGAACUCGCUUUGGAGACCAGGCUGGCCUCGAACUCACAGAGAUCCGCCUGGCUCUGCCUCCCGAGUGCUGGGAUUAAAGGCGUGCGCCACCACCGCCCGGCUAGUUCUGCCUUUUCAAGCAGCACACACUUCUUUAUCAAAUAAAACUUUGAAGAACAUUUUUUUCUUUCUUUCUUUUUUUGAGACAUGGUUUCUCUGUGUAACCCUGUCUGUCUGGGAACUCGCUCUGUAGACCAGGCUGGCCUCAAACUCACAGAGAUCUGUCUGCUUCUGCCUGCUGAGUGAUUGGGUUAAAGGUGUGCUUAAAGAACAUUUUCAUUCUGCAAAAGAAGUUGUUUUAUUCACCUCUGCUGGGGAUCAUAUCCAGCAUUUCUUUUGUGCUGGGUAAGAACUAAGUACCUCAGCCUAGAAUUUUUUUUUUUUUUUUUGCAUUCAUUUUUGGUAUGUGUUCAUGCAUGCAUACAUGUGCCAUGGAAUGCACGUGGAGGUCAGAAGCCAACUUGCAGGAGUUGGUUCUCUUGCAGUGUGGGUCCCAGGGAUGAAGUCAAGGUCACCAGGCCUGACAAGGGCAAGUGCCAUUACCUGUGGAGCCAUCUCUCUGACCGAGGAAUUUUUACUUUAUUUACUUUUGUGGUUUAUUUUUGACUCAGGACUGACCUUGAACUGAUCCUCCUGUGUCUACCUCCCAAAUGCUGGAAUUACAAGCAUAUGCUGCCUUUCAUCUCCAGUGACAUCUCUGAGAUCCAAUUCAAAUGAUUCUGGGAAAGUAUGUUAUGUAAUAAAGUUUCUAACUGA